AUGCAUAUCACAUGGAACCGAUUGGACAUCGAGUUGAGAGAAUCUUGUGCUAGGAACUUUGCAUUUGAUCAUUUUGAUAUAUUUUUCGAGUUACACGAGGGGGUGUGUUUCUUCUUCAUUACAGUAAUAUCCGGAACUUAUCAAGGAUGCUACGAAGAAAACAAAAGGCGGCGCUAUAUGGAUGUGAAUCCAGGAGACUUUGAUCCAACUGGUUUAACCAUUGAAGACUGUUCAGCCAAAUGUGGAAUAUUUGGUUAUGCGUAUUCCGGUGUGACAGGCGGGAACUUCUGUUUCUGUUCAGAUACCCAACCACCACCAGAAGCAUUACGACCUGACCUAGACUGCAAUAUACAAUGUACUGGUAGAGCUGCAGACACUUGCGGUAGUAAAAAUCAUAUUCAGGUUUACCAAUCCUCAAAACCUGUAGUUGGUUUAAAAGUAGAUGUUAGUACAACCCCAGCAGUUGGUAGUACAUUCCUGUCUGGUGCUGCAGUUGACUUUGACCUAAGUAUUGAAGAUGGUAUUGGUAUAUAUUACCAGUUUGACUAUGAUGAUGGUAGUGGACGAACACCUAAAAAUGCAACGAGUAUGUCCCAGUACACAUUCAAUACACCGGGUGUCUAUAGUAUUAAUGUUUAUGGUUCUGAUUCAGCUAACACUAUACCGGAAGGACAAGCAGUAACAACAGUCGUGGUAGAGGAUCCGGUUGGACCUGUAUCCAUAACAUGUCCACCAUUAUGUGCCACAUUUGAAUACUGUUUGUGUGAUGUUGAGGUAUAUAAGGGUAACAACAUGGAAUUAUUGCAAACCAUAGAUUCUGUACCAGGCACUUAUUUCAAAAUUGCAGAUCCUAUAUAUGAUACAGUUGGUAUUGGUGUACCCACUAAGGGACCGACCGAUCCUAAUCCAACAGGUCCUGGUUACUUUGUGCUGGAGCAUGCUGAAUUUAGAAUGACUGGCAAAAUAGCUGGUUUUAAUAUUUUUGCAGAUCCAGGUGGUCCAUUAACCAUACACAUUUUUGAACCGAAUUGUGCCACUGGUAUUUAUUGUUCAGAAACCAAUACUUGUCAAGCUUCAUGCUCAAAUUUUGAUGUAGAUUGCUCACUAGGUGAAUUCUGUCCUAGUACUAGAACAUGUACGGCAACAUGUACCAAUGCUCCAAGAUAUACAACUGGAAAUUUAAAAAUUGGUCGAACUAUUAAACAAACCGUGGAGAUAACUGUAGCUGCAGGAUAUAACUAUAUAGAUGCUCCAUCCGAUAUGUUUGUAGCCCCAGGUGAUGUCCUAGGUUUCCAACAAAAUGUUAAUGCUGUUGUAUCUGUUUCUCGGGAAACAUCAACUGCACCAAUUGAAGAUUAUUUUUUCAAUGCUGAUCCACCAUAUACAGCGGGUGCCAAAACGGCAGAACCCAAAAAUCUUCUGCUUAAUGCAGUUAUGACUGCACCUUCUAAAGUUCUGUUACACCAUGAAUUUCAAACGGCUAAUACUUACGAUAUUAAAGUGGAUGUUCGAAGUUCAAAAACUACAACCCCAGUAUUCAACUCAACAACGGUCAACGUUAUUGAAGGUAUCAACAGUACCGACAUUGUAUCACCAAUUUAUGCAGCUGUAGGCAGUUCUAUUGACUUCAAUUUACAACCACAUUCAGGUUCCGAUUACUAUUAUACGUGGAAUUUUGACGAUGGCACUGAAGAAAAUGCAACUACGUUACCAGUAUCACAUUCUUUCACAUACGCAGGUGUUUUCAACGUAACAUGUUCAACCCAAAAUGCCUUGAGUCAGAAGAGUAACUUUACUGAAGUAGUUAUUGAGCAUACCAUUACUGCAAUAACUUUGAAUACAGUCACCUCAUCCAGAGUUAAUCCAGUCAAUCUUAAUUUCACAAUGGCCACAGGUUCCAAUUUUACUUGCGAGUGGGAUUAUGGAGAUGGCACUGCUUCAGAGACGAAAGACGAUGCUGAUACACCACCUGGAGGUGAAGUAACUCCUGUCCCACAUACAUAUGCUGCAGAGGGAAGUUACACUGUAAAUGUUACAUGUUACAACAAUAUUAGUAAAAUGACAAAAAUAGCAACACAAGUCAUAGAAUCACCUAUUACUAACCUUCAAAUUCUCACAACAGGGGCGAGUAAAAACGAACCCUUUAAAAUAGAAUUUCAAAUAGAUCAAGGAACCAAUCCAACAGUUGAUUUUACCUUCGACGGCGUGCCCUUUACUAAAGAUGCAACAACAAAUGGAUUCUCAGAAGUAACUGCUACAGCACCAGCAAAACGAUGGGAAACAACACUAAUACCUGGCAAGCCAACAGCAGAAUAUAAUUUGACUAUUAUUGUAUCAAAUUUGUUAAAUGGUGUACCAAAAAGCAUAGCAUUCAUAGUAGAAGUCGGAAUGAAGAAUGUUGUUUCAACUGUGUCACAAACUACUGUACCGACUGCUGGCGAUGUUGUAUUUACCUUGGAUAUGGAAGAAGGUUCAAGUGUAGAAUAUUCAAUAGACUUCGACGAUGGUAGUUUCAGUAACUUUAGUUUAUCAGCUGGAGCUGAUUGGGCUAACGAGGUACCAAGAAUGAAAUCAGUGACUCACCAGUUUGCCGAUGGAAGGGUUUACAACGUUAAAGUUACAGCUUGGAACUCUGCUGGAACAGAAACAUUUUCUCAUACCGUAACAGCCAUUCAAAGUGUAUUAGGCAUCCAAAUGAAUAAUGAAGACUAUUAUCGAUUCACUCCACCAGCGUAUCCUCAUUUCAACUUCACAGCUCCAGGAAGUCCCCCUAAUCAAGCCAAAGCUUUCUUUGAUUUUGGUGACAAUAAAGAGGAAGAGUAUGAUCUAACUAUAGGUUAUAAUUACUACCAUGAAUACAGAGAUAUUGGUAGAUAUUUUGUCACAGCAAAUGUUUCUAAUAGUAUUAGUGCGAUAGUAUUAACAACCAACAUCACCAUUGUGGAAAUAUUACAGGAUUUGAUAGUUAAAUCAGUUCCACCAGGAGCUGCUGCUAUAGGAGAAAACUUGGUAUUAGAUGUGUCAUUAUAUAGAGGACCUACUGGUCAAGAUUGUACUAUUGACGUUGAUUAUGGUGAUGCACCGGUUAUGAAUAUUAAUGGUCACAUCAGAACAGGUCAAGGGCAGUUUGGUACCGAUAGGUUUGAGACAGCUACAUACUCUACAGUAGGACCACGUACAGUCACCGUAACUGUGACCACACCAUUAGAACAAUUAGUAGAAACAUAUAGUGUAGAGGUUCAGGAUAAAGUGUUACCUGGUUUCACUGUAACUAUGAACCCAACAUCCGGCGACGUUACACAUAAUAACAAUCUCGACAUGACGAUUAACUAUCCUUUCACACCGCUACCCACUGAUGCCUCUUAUUCAAUCAGUUACGGAGAUGGUACUUUUCAGAACGGUUCGCUUACUGGAACCCCAACAACAAUUCCAAGUCAUGUCUUUGCUACUGAUGGUCAAUUCCAGGGAACUGUGACCAUUUAUAACCUUGCAUCGACUGAGACAAUAAAUUUGAAUGUUGGUUCGUACAUACCGGUAGCAGCUUUUACUGUCGCCACAUCUUAUAAGAAAGCAUUACCACUGAAUGCACCAGAAGAACCUGGUUUAGGUACCCCUGGAUCGUUUCCUCGUGAUCGACCAGUGAUCUUUAGAAUGUCACCUAACUCAGGUACCGUUACAGAAUAUGCGAUAUCAUAUCAACUUACAGCUGGCGGAACCAUAACAACACUUACUAAAACUACCAAUCCGUUUACUAUUGACUUUCCUGCGAGUGGAUCAUUUGAUGUGACAAUAACUGCUAAAAAUCCACUAACUUCCUCGUCAACACCAGUGACUGUUAUUAUAUUAGACAGAGUUGUGAAUACAUCAUUGGUUGAUGCUUCACCAAGAGCAGGUCCUGGAGAAUCUAAAACAUUUAACUUAUCAUUUGCUAUUCAAGGAGAUAUGACCUGUCUUUUGGUAGAUUUUGGUGACGGUGUUCGUCAGACCUGGGCAGAUGAUCCUACAUAUUGUAACGUUUUCACCCCUCCUGUACCGACUCAUGUUAGUAGUUUAACAGGACUUGCAACAAUUGAUCACAUCUACAAUUCCAAUGGUUUUUAUGAUGUCAUGGCAGAAGCUAAAAAUGGAUUUUCAAGUUCAUCGGUUACUAUAAAUGCACCAGUAUCAACUGCAAAAUGCACAAAACCGACAGUCAACAUUCAGGAUCAAAGUUACCAAUUCUAUAGUCCACAGAUAUCUAACAAGGGCAGUGAUUUGAGAGUAUUGGGCAAAUCAGAUAUAUUCUGUGCUACAACACUGAAUAAUAAGAAAAAUUGGAAGGUAGAAACUGUUGAUGAUAAUACUGGUCUUGUUAAUGGACCAGUGGAUAUCAAUUCCCUAGCUACCAGAGCCAAUGCUGAGUUUUACAUCCCAGCUAGAUUUCUAGAUUAUGGCCUAUAUAAAUUCACCUACAGUAUGGAAAUGAUCAGUGAUCAAUUUAAUGGUGGCAGAUAUGUAUCAACAACGUAUACGUAUCUCAGGAUCCAGAAAUCUGAUUUGGUUGGUAUAGUAGAGAGAGGUGGUAUAAGUGAAGUUAAAAGAGGACAGGGAACUACUGCUGAGUUAAAACCAGCUGAUUAUUCUUACGAUCCUGAUGACAGUACUCCUAUUGGAUCUCAGACGUUUAAUUCAUUUACGUGGACAUGUGAACCAGUGAAUGAGAAUGCUACUACUGGUUAUUGUGAUUUACUAUUACCAGCAGUUAAUAGAGAUGAUUCUCCAUUGGUUAUAGAUCUAUCUCAAUCACCAUCUCAAGCAGAUUAUAAAUUCUGUGUAGUUAUUACUAAAGAUACAAGAAGUACUAAAGCAUGUUUAGUCGUGCAAUUAGUUGAUGGUACUCCACCUUCAGUAUAUCUUGAAUGUACUGCUAGUUCAGUAUGCACACAAACAGCUUCAGGACAGGUUAUACCCAGGUCUGGAAGACUAGGAGUGAAAUGUGAGUGUUUAGAUUGUCUACCAACAGAUCAAAUACUUUAUAAAUGGAUCUUCUAUACAUAUGAUUAUCGUUGGCCGUGGAAAUCUAUUGAGAAUAUUUCUGAUCCCAUGUAUUCAGUCGGAGUAAAUUCUAAAGAAUUGUCGGUGAAGAUUCCAUUGUUUAAUCAUUUUGAGGGUGUGUCUAAAUUCCGAGCUGGUUGCGAGGCCACAAAACAAGGACAAACAACAAAAGGACUGGCAUACAUGAACUUCGAGAUAAACGAAGCUCCAUCCAAUGGUAGCUGUACAAUAUCCAAGACAGAGGGUAUAGUAAGCGUCAACAAAGAAUUCUGCAUCAUGUGCAAGGACUGGCAUGAUGCUCAGGGAAUUGCUGAGUAUCAGCUAAUAGUGCGUUAUUUAAACGAUGAUGUUGAUAGAGAAGUAAUAGCCCUCCCAGUCUUUGAAGAACCAAUCUGUAUAGAUUUACCUAUGGGAGCAGAUUAUAAUGAUUUUAAAGAAAAAGUUAUAGUACAGAUAAGAGAUUCAUUGGGAGCAGUAACUGAAUAUAUUAUAGACGAUGUAACAGUAAGACCAUUGAGUGCUGCCGAGUCUCAACAACUUAUAGCUGAUUUCCGUAAUAGUGAUGCGGAUCAGUUUGACAAGAUUUAUGCUGAAGGAGACACUAAUUCUAUAGCUGCCAUAACAUCUAAUUUGGUAGCUAUAUUAAAUAGCGACAGUAAGGCUGAUCAAUCAGAAUACAACGGUGUAGGUGUUGCUAGCAGUAAAACCAAUACCGGGUUUGGACCAUCAGAUGGCAAUAGAACAGGUGCUUUUGACGAGACUGAUAGCGUAAGUAAUCCAGAAUUGAAUAAGAUUUAUGAACAAGAAAAAGAUCUGAGAUCUCAAUUGAAACAACAAGGUGUUUUAGCUCUCACAUCAUUAACAUCUGCUAGUAUCACUUCCAUUAAACAGAUAGCUAGUGGUUUAACAGAAUUCUUACAUUAUCCUGAAGAGGUUACAUUAAAAACUGCUGAAGCCUCUCUUGAAAAGACACUAGAUAUGGCUAAGUAUUUGUCAAACAUGACUGGUAUUUCAUAUGAAGAUCGAAAACAGACGUAUAUUUAUAUGGUCGGAACUGUAGGCGCAGCACUUGACGCUAUAGGAUUUAAUGGUGAUAACCCCUCUUUAACAGAGUUAGCAGAAGCUAAAGAAUCGCCAGAAUUUGAAAUCUAUGAUACCAACUGGGAGAAUACAAAAGGAGCAAUCGUAGCAGAAGACAUGGACGCAGCACGAAAUGUACACAGUCAGCAUACUCAUAAAAACCAUGCCGGCGAAAAGUCAACUGAGUAUAUAGAUAAAGCAGUAGAAACAGUAUCAUUAUUAACGCAAGGGUUCUCUCAGAAUUCUGUACCCGGUGAAGAGAUAGACUUUGUUACCAACAGAAUCAAAGGUGUCAUACAGAACCAGGAUGCCAAGUCCAUGUUAGGAAAUACUGUUGAAAUGAAGGAUUCCAAUUCAUAUCUGAAAAUUCCUAAUGAUAUAAAUGCACUCUUCCCUGGUGGAAACAAAAAUGAAAAUGAUUCUCUCGUUUUACAAUUCUUACAAACUGCCAGUUUACCAUACAAGUACUCGGAACAUUCUGAUGAUCUUGGUCCAACAACUAAUGGUUUGGUAAUAGACAUAUUUGACGAAAAUGGCAAUCCCCAAAUCAUCAAAGACCUAGCAACACCUUUUGAAUUUACAAUUGAGAAGGAUAAAAAUUCACCGCCGACUGAAUUCAAGACAGCAGAUCCCUUCAUUGUAAAAUGGGACUAUUUGUACUACCAUAAGAUGAACAUAUCUAAAAAGGGAGCUUCACUACACGUCCAAUUCAAUGUACAAGAUAUCAGUUUGAAAUUUCUGGUCCUUGUUAGAUUUGGUGAUUUCCCAAGUAUUCCAGAAAAGCUCUUUGAUUUCAUGGGAAUCAUUCCUGAUAAUUCUGCUGUCGAUCCAUACCGAUAUACCUAUUUCUUGGAUAACAAAAAGAUCAAUGAUUAUAUUGGCACAGUAUAUAUUGGUGUCAGACAAUUAGAUCCAUCAGAAUAUACAGCUAACUACCAAACAGCUCUCGACUUACCAAAUUAUGAAAAAGGAACUGGAAACCCAUCAGAGAAAUAUAAAAUACGUGUAUUUAGUACUGGGUGUUAUUUCUUUGAUAAAGACAUCAAUGACUGGUCUUCUAAAGGAUGUUGGGUCGGCCCCAAAACAGAUGAACUUGUAACUCACUGUUUCUGUAAUCAUUUAACAACAUUUGCUGGUGGUUGGGUGGUGGUACCAAAUACCAUUGACUGGAACUUUGUGUUUUCCAAUUCUGACUUUUCAAAGAAUCCGACUCUGUAUAUAACCGAGAUAGUCAUAGCUGCAUUGUAUUUGAUAGCUGUGAUCUGGGCCAGAAGAGAGGACAAGAAAGAUAUAGAAAGGCUUGGACUCACACCGUUAAAAGAUAAUGAUCCACGAGAUAAAUACUACUAUGAAGUUUGUGUUGUUACUGGAAUGAGACGAAAUGCUGGAACCGAUUCAAAGGUAUGCUUUAUAUUGUCUGGUGAAUAUGAUGAAACUGAUGUUAGAAUGUUUAGUGAUGAUAAAAGAAAGAUAUUCCGUCGUGGCGCUGUUGAUGCGUUCUUAGUGGCUGUGCCCAGACCACUUGGAACAUUAAAUUACGCUCGAGUAUGGCAUGAUAAUUCUGGAAAAACCAAGAUGGCAUCCUGGUAUUUGAAGUAUUUGUUAGUACGUGAUGUACAGACUAACCAACGUUUUGUGUUUAUCAGUAAUAAAUGGUUUGCUGUAGAAGAAGAUGACGGACAGGUAGACAGAGUUAUCCCAGUCGCUGGGAAAGAACAAAUGACAGAGUUUGGCCAUUUAUUCGCAGAGAAAUCUAGAAAGAGUUUGGUCGAUGGGCAUCUUUGGUUCUCGGUGGUAGCAAGACCAGCUAACAGUAGAUUUACCAGAGUACAGCGUGUAUCGUGUUGUCUAUUGCUACUAUUUGUUUCUAUGUUGGGAAAUGCAAUGUUUUAUGGUCAAGAUUUAAGCUCGUCUACUGCCUAUAACUUUGGUCCGUUUGCUCUCUCUCCUGAACAGAUAUUUAUUGGUAUUGCAGUAAAUCUAAUCGUGUUCCCUAUCAAUUUCUUGGUUAUUACGCUGUUCAGAAAAUCUCGCGCCAGGAAAAUGAGACCAUCCAGAAUAGACGAAGCAUUAAAACGUAGCGGUGUAACCCCAACAGCAGAUAAACCUAGUAUGGAAGGAGUAUGGACUAGUCAAUCACCAACAAUGAUGGAUGAAAAACGAGCUGGCACAUCAGCUUCCAUGAGACCAGAAACAUCCUUCUCAUCUGUAUCGAGAAUGGGAACUCAGCAAUAUGAGGCACUGAGAUCGGAGAAAAAGAAGAAAAAGAAGAAGUUUGAAUUCCCAUGGUGGUGCAGUAUUUUGGGAUGGGUUGUUCUGUGGAUUGGUGUUGGUUUAUCUUUGGCGUUUGUCACAUUUUAUGGUAUCACGUUCCAAGAUGAAAAAUGUAAGAAGUGGAUUACGUCGAUGUUGAUGUCCUUUUUCACGUCUGUCUUCAUCACACAACCUGUGAAGGUGUUCCUUACGGCCAUCUUCUUCUCGCUUGUUGUGAAGAACCCAGGGGAGGAAGAGGAAGACGAAGUAGAAGAUGAGGAAUCUCAUAAACUCGCUUCGGAUGAGGAGUUCUUACAUUUUGAAGAUGGUUACGGUGCAACUCGACCACGAAAAAUAGGCUAUAAACCACCAGACCCUGCUGAACUGGAGAAAGCUAGAAUUCAGAGAUUGAAUGAAAUCAAGAUGUGGGAAAUCAUUAGGGAGAUUGUUUUCUACAGUUUCUUCUUGUGGAUAUUGAUGGUGAUCAGUUAUAGAAACAGAAGUCCACAUGGUUUUACCUAUAAAAAUAGUCUGGUGAAAACAUUUGUAGAUAACAAUGAUACCAAACAAUGGUUCUCUAAGGUAAGAAAUACUGCUGAAUACUGGAAAUGGUCUCAAAGUGGUUUACUAAAUGGUAUAAGAGCUAGUAACUAUUAUAAUUCAGACCCACCCCUAUUACUACGUGGUUUUGUCAAUGAUAAAGUUUCCAGAAUAAUGGGUUACGCAACUAUGAGGCAGCUUCGUGUAAAACCUGGUCUGUGUGAAAUUAGAGGAGUUAUGAAUGGUGUUAUACCAGAAUGCAAUGAAGCUUAUUCCUUUGAGAAUCAAGAUGAAGGUACAUACCUUCCAAGAUGGCAAAAACUAGCUAGCGGCGAGUCCUAUAAUGAUACCUCAAGACCAUGGAGAUAUACUACAGCAAAUGAAUUAAAUGGCUAUCCUUACUGGGGUAAACAUGAAAUGUAUAGUGGAGGUGGCUAUGUAGUGCAGCUUAGAGGAUCCAAAGAUAGUGUCAGAGAUGUAUUGAAGGAAUUAGAAGAUGAUGAUUGGAUUGACCAAUAUACAAGAGCAGUUUUUGUUGAAUUUACCAUCUAUAAUGCCCAAAUUAAUCUAUUUGCCAUUGCAACCAUUGUUGCUGAAUUUGAUUCUGCUGGUGGUGUAACAACAUCACAUAGAUUUGAACCUGCUCUAUUACUACCUUACAUGUCAUCGGUAAUGUUAUUCCAGAUUGCAUGUGAAGUGAUAUAUCUAAUCUUUACCGCAUGGUUUAUCAUAAGAGCUUUGAAAGCUUUUUACAAGGAACGAUUUGGGUAUUUCACACAAUUUUGGAAUAUAAUAGAACUUGGUAUAAUUUCUGCAUCAUUAGGAGCUGUUAUCAUCUACUUCUAUCGUCUAUAUGUGACCAAUGAUCUAACAGCUGUAUUUGCUCGAUCACAUGGUAACGAAUACAUGAAAUUUCAAUAUGUUGGAUAUUGGAACGAGGUCUUCUCUUACAUGAUUGGUUGGUUGGUCUUCUUUGCCACCUUGAAGUUCCUCAAGCUCUUGAGAUUCAACAAGCGGAUGGCUCUGGUUGCUGCAACACUUAAGAACGGUUCCAAGAGUUUAAUGCAUUUUGGUAUCAUUUUCCUGAUUGUCUACAUGGCCUUUAUGCAACUCUUCUACUUGACGUUCAUGAAUCUCAGCACAGCUUUCCAAACAUUUAUCAACUCAAUGGAAUCUGGUGUAUUGAUGAUGAUGGGUAAAUUUGAUAUCUACAGUAUGGCUAUGGUUGAGCCAGUACUGACACAGAUCUUUGUUUUCUUCUUUGUGGUUACCAUUACCUUUAUAUUGGUGAACAUGUUCCUCUCUAUUCUCAAUGAAACAUUUGGAGCUGUACGAGAAGAUAUUAACAAGGUUAACAAUGAUUAUGAAAUUGUGGAUUUUAUGGUAGGAAGAUUCAAGCGAUGGACAGGUAUUGGAGCUGCUCCUGCCAACACUCUGGAACCUUCUAAUAUAGGAGCUGAUGGCAAACCUCAAGACAAUGUCAAUAACUUCCCAGACCGUAUUGAUAAGCUUCUGACUUCUAUUUCCAAUAUCUAUAUGGAUGAAGAUGGUAUUGCUAAACGUAUGAAUGCUAAGGAACAAGCUGCAAAUAAAGCCAAUAUGAAGGGAAUGUUAAGAGGAAGUAGUUCCCAUAGCGGACUGGCGGAAGUUGAUAAUUAGUUUACUGUUAUUUGUUAAGUUUAAAUUAUGAAGAUUGUUUGAUUAUUGCAAGUUACCCUACAUAUUAAUUAUUUUGUGAUCAUAUGCCAAAAAUAAACAGUUAAAUUAAUUC